AUGGACAGCAUGAGUACAGAAAAGAGCCAAAAUAGUAUUGUUUCAAGGAUCAAAGUUUUUGAAUCCCAAGGAACUAAUGAUACCUCAGGAUUAUCAAAAAAGCCAGAAAUUGCUCCUCGUUCAUUCACCCCAAGACCUGUUACUGCAAAGAAGCCAGUAGUUGCUCCAAAGCCAGGGGUAAGCAGAAUUUCAGGAGACUGGGAUGCAUGGACAGAAAGCAAAUCAACGCCUUGCAAGGAAUUGCAGCCUCAACCUGAAGUAGUUGGGAGCACUGUUGUAACCAAACCUGAACUGCCAAAGAAGCCAAAACCUGGCCUUGUUAAAAGUAGCAGUAGUGAUUUUCUUGAUACAAAGAGUGGAUCAGUUGCAGAGAACAGCGAUGGACAAAAGAAAUUUCCUGUUCCUGCUCCAAGGCCUCUUGUUCCUAAAAAGUCACGUUCCACAGAAAAUCCUGCCCUUUCUUUGGCAUCACUCAAACCGAUUGCUGCUCCCCCACGGGCUUCCGUGUCUGCCCAAGAAAAAGUUUUCAAGUCUCUGGGGGAAUUGUCACCUGCACCCACCUCCUCAGCAUCUGCUUUGCAAAAUAAACUAGAUGUGGAAGGAGAUCUGAUCAGUUUUGAUGAUGACGUUUUGCCCCUAAGUCCAGCAUGUGUAGUUAAAGAUAGCGUCAGUUCUGAAGCAGCAGCAGAUCCUUUUCAGUUCCUCACCAAAAGUGAACCUGCAAAGGAACAGACAGCUCAACCAGCUUUACCCCGGAAACCCACUGUGAUCCGAAUCCCAGCUAAACCCGGAAAACCUUUAAAUGAAAUCCCGCAUAGCCCUCCACCACUUCGAAUCGGGAACACCUCCGAUAUCGCAGUGGGAAAACCCAACAGUGGUGACCUAGUAAAAAAAGUGGAGUUGGAUCAUCCAGAACAGGGUGGAAUGCCUCAGCUAGAACCCGCACUACCCCCGAGGCCUGUGGAUGGAAAAAUUAUACCUGCUCGACCUCCUCCACCUAAAGGUGUUCCUGGAAGGCCACCUCCACCAAAACUCUCUGCAGCCAAGACCUCCUCCCAGAAGGAUGCUCUUUCGCGAUCUACUUCUGACAUCGCUCCUGAUAAAAAACCCAGCAAGUUCAGACUAGGACCCAAGAGAGCAAAAACUCAAGUCUUUAAAAAUCCAGAUCCAGUGUUACCUCCUAGACCUAAACCGGGUCAUCCUCUCUACAGUAAAUACAUGCUACCUGUGCCUCAUGGAGUUGCCAAGGAAGAUUGUCCUCCCAGGAACACUGGAGAACUGUCCUGUAAGGAUUCAAACCACCCUCCAAAAGUUUCUGACACAAGUGCACCUCAUGCUGUAGUCCUGCAUGAUUUUCCGGCAG